GCCCCCUCUAUCCUCUUGCCACCAUGUUGCUCUCCCGUCUCGCUCCCCUCGUCCUUCUUCCCUUCGCUGCCGCCGCUGGGCUGCACAAGCUCAAAUUGAAGAAGCUUCCACCCGCGUCCAGCAACCCUGCGUUGGAGAGCGCAUACCUCGCCGAGAAGUAUGGUGGACGCAGCCAGGUCCCUCUCAUGGGUGCUGGUACCGGUCGCAACGUCCGCCUCUCCCGUCCGGCAGUUCAAGAUGGCGAGGAACUUUUCUGGACUCAGGAGGAGUUCAGCGUCGAGGGCGGUCAUAACGUUCCCUUGAGCAACUUCAUGAACGCUCAAUAUUUCGCGGAGAUAUCGCUUGGUACCCCUCCGCAGACCUUCAAGGUUAUUCUCGACACUGGCUCGAGUAACCUCUGGGUUCCAAGCGUCAAGUGCACAUCCAUUGCUUGCUUCCUUCACACCAAGUACGAUUCCUCUUCCUCCUCGACAUACAAGGCAAACGGGACAGAGUUCUCCAUCCAGUAUGGCUCCGGUUCCAUGGAGGGCUUCGUCUCCCAGGACACCUUCAGGAUCGGUGACCUCACGGUAGACGGUCUGGACUUCGCCGAGGCGACAAAGGAGCCCGGUCUUGCCUUCGCCUUCGGCAAGUUUGACGGUAUCCUCGGCUUGGCGUACGACACCAUUGCCGUCAACCACAUCACCCCGCCAUUUUACCACUUGAUCAACAAGGGGCUCGUAGAUGAGCCCGUUUUCUCCUUCCGUCUUGGUUCAUCCGAGGAUGAUGGUGGAGAGGCCAUCUUCGGUGGUGUCGACGACAGCGCGUACACUGGCAAGAUCCAGUACGUCCCUGUCAGGAGGAAGGCCUACUGGGAGGUUGAGCUCGAGAAGGUCUCUCUUGGUGAUGACGUGCUUGAGCUUGAGAGCACUGGCGCUGCUAUCGAUACUGGAACCUCUCUCAUCGCCCUUCCCACCGACAUCGCGGAGAUGAUCAACACCCAGAUUGGUGCUACGAAGUCGUGGAACGGCCAGUACACUGUCGACUGCGCGAAGGUGCCCUCCCUCCCCGACCUUACGUUCACGUUCGGAGGCAACCCCUACGUUCUCAAGGGCACCGACUACAUCCUGGAGGUCCAGGGUACAUGCAUAUCCUCCUUCACUGGUCUCGACAUCAAUGUCCCCGGCGGUUCGCUCUGGAUUGUCGGUGAUGUCUUCUUGCGCAAGUACUACACAGUGUACGACCACGGUAGGGAUGCUGUUGGUUUUGCCCUUGCCGCUUGAGCCCCGACCUCGGAGUGUUAUGACGGACUUUCAUCUCGUACCGAGCGUCCAUGUUGUCGUUCCGCGUAUUCUUCUUAUACCUGCAUGUACGAUAUAGUCACCAAUGGAACACCCGAUUCAUGGCCAUGAUACCGGACAAUGAUGUCAUGACAAUGUCCC